AUGUCGUAUCCGGCCCCUCCAGGUCUGAAAACGUCCUCCAAUUCCACGACACCAGUUCCACCACCCUCUCUACCUGCUCGACCACCUACAUCCGCAGCAACAGCGACCUUCAAACCCGCCUUCACAGCAUUUGCUCCUCGAUCGGUAGCAUCAGCAAACACAUACCGCACGAGCAGUCCGGCGCACUACGCCGCGGCGCCUACUCCCAUUGUCUCGACAUACAGCCCGGCGGCGACAACCGCUGUCCCAGCGGCGGCCCCUGCGACAUCAUCAUACUACGCGUCGCAACCGGCGCAAUAUGACUCGUCUUCAUAUUCCGCUCCUCAGAUCCGCAACCCCUUCGUCCCUCCUCCUCCAGCCACUACCACGACCCCAGACAUAACAUCAUCCGCGACCAGUUACCCUGGCAGCUAUGACCCGGACUACGAAGCUCAAGUGCAGCAAUGGCAAAGCGCCUACAUGAACAGAGGGGACACCCACGCGCCCACAUCUACGAGCACUACUAGCAGUGCAUUAAAGCCCACCACGAAUGCUGCCUCAAGCACAGCCGCAUCGACCACACAAGCCGGUACUGCUACCAGCACUACCACUAACACUACCACCUCCUCCGACGGCGUCGUCAAGACCGUCCACCGCUCCGGCGGCGGCACACAAUGGACCGACCCAACCCUCCUAGAAUGGGACCCCGCGCACUUCCGCAUAUUCGUCGGCAACCUCGCAGGCGAGGUGACGGACGAGUCACUCCUCAAAGCCUUCUCGCAGUAUCCGUCGGUGCAAAAGGCCCGCGUCAUUCGUGACAAGCGAACCAACAAAUCCAAGGGUUAUGGCUUUGUCAGUUUCGCCAACGGAGACGAUUACUUCCGCGCUGCGAGGGAGCAAAACGGAAAAUAUGUCGGUAGUCAUCCGAUCAUUAUCAAAAAGGCUGUUACGGACGUCAGACCUUCGAUUCAGAAACAAAAUACCAACAGUAACAACCGGUACCAGAAAAAUAAACAUAAAGACGGUGCUGCUGGCCCUGGUGGCCACGCCAAGGUCCAACAUGGCGGUGUUAACAAGAAGCAGCCAAAGACGAAGGGAGGUUUGAAGGUUCUGGGAUAA